CUUCUUAUAGUUUGCACAAACCUAAGUAAAAAUAUCAAUUUAUUUCUACUACAAAUAUUGGCGCUUUUAGUCAUUACCAUAUGGCAACACACGUUUGACGCGCAUGCGCUAAGAAUUCAAAACAAUCAUGGCCGCUGAUGAACAGGUUGUUCAGCUGGAGGUUCUGUGUAAGCAGCUGUACGAAACAACGGACGCAUCUCAGCGCACCCAGGCGGAAAAAGCGCUCAUCGAGUUCACAAAUUCGCCUGACUGCUUAUCGAAAUGCCAAAUCCUGCUGGAGCGAGAGAGUUCUUCAUAUGCACAGCUGUUAGCGGCAACUACGUUGAUGAAGCUAGUGUCACGACCACAGGUGACAUUACCGCAGGAACAGAGAGCUGACAUACGUGACUACAUUCUGAAUUAUUUGGGGAAUAGACCUAAACUUGCAAGUUUUGUGACACAAGCAAUUGUUCAGCUCUAUGCAAGACUGGCAAAAGUAGGGUGGUUUGAUACAAACAAGGAAACGUACGUUUUCCGACACGUAACUGGUGAUGUGACGAAAUUUUUACAGGGAUCGGUCGACCAUUGCAUCAUUGGUGUGCAAAUCCUCGCUCAGCUAGUACAAGAAAUGAACCAAAUAACAGAGUCGGAAGCGAACCGGUCGCUAAUCAAACACAGAAAGAUUGCGUCAAGCUUUCGUGACACGCAGCUUUACCACAUAUUCCAACUCUCCUGCACUCUGCUCCGUACAGCUCUCGAGAGUUGGAAAGACAUCAACAUAGAUUUAAACCACGAGAGCAAGCACGGGUUAAUGACGCAGCUGCUGCGACUAGCCCACAACUGUCUCACGUUUGAUUUCAUCGGCACGGCCCAGGACGACUCUUCAGAUGACCUGUGCACGGUACAGAUACCGACAUGCUGGAAACCAGCGUUUCUUGAUUUCUCAACAACCCAGCUUUUCUUUGACCUCUACGCUCAGCUGCCACCUUCCCUCUCUCCGCUGGCACUGUCUUGUCUGGUACUGAUUGCAUCCAUACGCCGGUCGUUGUUCAAUAGUGAGGAGAGGGCCAAGUUUUUAGCACGUCUUGUCUUAGGAGUGAAAGCCAUUCUUGGAAACCCACAGAGUCUUUCUGAUCCCAACAACUAUCACGAGUUUUGUCGUUUGCUGGCAAGACUGAAAUCCAACUACCAACUUGGGGAGCUAGUAAAGGUUGAAAACUAUCCAGAAAUCAUUAAGCUGGUGGCCGAGUUUACCAUAACCACUCUACAGAUGUGGAGUUUCUCACCAAACAGCGUACACUACUUGUUGUCACUGUGGCAGCGAAUGGUCGCAUCCGUCCCAUACGUGAAAGCUUCCGAACCUCAUCUCUUGGAAACCUACACGCCGGAAGUGACAAAGGCUUACGUUACAUCUCGAUUAGAGUCUGUAACUGUUGUGCUGCGGUANGGUGUGGAUGAUCCGCUAGACGAUCCAGGAUUGCUCAUUCAGCAACUGGAACAACUGUCUACGAUAGGUCGGUGUGAGUAUGAGAAGACUUGCUCGCUGCUCGUGCAGCUGUUCGACGAAGCAGCGCAGACGUACCAGCAACUCGUUAGCGCCACGUCGUCACAGACACAGACGUUCGACAUUGCCGUGCAGGAAGGGCGACUCACGUGGCUUGUUUACAUCAUCGGCGCGGCGAUCGGCGGGCGUGUGUCGUUCACGAGCGCAGACGAACACGACGCGAUGGAUGGAGAGCUGGUGUGCAGGGUGCUGCAGCUGAUGCAACUCACCGAUGCGAGGCUGACAUCUAGUGGCGGCUGCGAGAAGCUCGACCUCGCCAUGCUGAGCUUCUUCGAACAAUUCAGAAAAAUAUACGUCGGCGACCAGGGGCAGAAAACAUCGAAGGUGUACAAACGAUUGUCAGAGGUUCUGGGUCUCAGCGACGAGUCGAUGGUGCUCAGUGUGUUUAUUCGCAAAAUCUGUACGUGUGACAUGGUCUGUUUUGCAGCUGCAUUCGAACGGAUAGGCACGUUGAUGUCACGUAUCGAUUCACCGCUGUUUAACGCAGAGGAAACAAAGAGGUCUCUUAUUGGACUGUCCAGAGACUUGAGGGGAAUUGCAUUCGCGUUCAACUCCAAGAGCAGCUACAUGAUGAUGUUUGAUUGGAUUUAUCCUUCAUACACGCCGAUUCUGCUGCGCGCCAUGGAGCUUUGGUAUCACGAUCCAAACAUAACAACACCCAUACUAAAGUUGUUCGCCGAGCUCGCACAGAACAGGUCGCAGCGUCUGGCGUUCGACGUCUCGUCUCCGAACGGCAUCUUGUUGUUCAGAGAAAUCAGCAAGAUCAUGUCCAGUUAUGGUGAGUCACGACGAACGCUGGAUUAUCCAAAGCUGAGUCAGACGUAUUACUCCCUUCUGGAAGCUCUAGCGCAGGACCACAUGAACUUUCAUUUAGCAAACCUCGAACCUCAAGUCUUCCUCUACAUACUUUCCUCAAUAUCAGAGGGACUCACAGCCCUCGACACGAUGGUUUGCACUGGCUGCUGUGCGACACUGGACCACAUAGUGACAUACCUAUUCCGACGGCUGUCAAAGGGAUCUAAGAAGAGGACGAACCAACAACAGGAGAGUGAAACCUUUCUCAGGAUACUCGAAGUACAGCCAGACAUCUUCCGACAGAUGCUGUCGACAGUAUUAAAUAUCAUCAUGUUCGAGGACUGUAGAAAUCAGUGGUCCAUGUCGCGACCACUACUCGGCCUCAUCCUCUUAAAUGAGGAGUAUUUCAGCCAGUUACGGCAAAAUGUGAUAAGUGGUCAGCCCUCAGACAAACAAGCAGCAAUGGUGCAGUGCUUCGAUAAUCUGAUGGAAGGCAUCGAGAGAUCCCUGUUAACGAAGAAUAGAGACAGGUUCACGCAAAAUCUCUCGACGUUUCGACGUGACGUGAACGACUCGUUGAAAGGUCCGACGGGGGUCGUGUCCAGUACGGACAUGAUGAGUUGACAAUCAACGAGCAACCACAGGCUCCAGAGGCACUCAACAAACGAGCUUGCCAAACUUCUUGGAUACUCAUAGCAUCUGCUGCUAGCGCCAUCUACCGGGGGCGCAUUGCAGCGUGAACCUCAUCGUGUGUGUAAUACGCAUGUAUCUCUGCUUUUUUUACCAGUGCUAGUUUAAAUUAUGUCACGAGUGAAUGACUGUAGGUUUUUUUCGCAGUAAAAAAAUUUAUCGUUCACAAAUUGUUAUAAUCAUACGAAGCAUGUGUGAAUAUCCGCUAUGAAGUGACCUUUGGACCUGUGGUAGUGUUUUAUAAGAAUGUUGGGCCAAUGUUGUAGAGAGUUGUGCUUUUUGUUUCUUAGACUUUGGUUGCUGUUGCGAUGGAACGUAAAAUCAGUCUCAUAUUUAUUGGUGAUUUCACUUGUUCGAUUGUAACGAUCUUUGUACAAGCAUCAUUUCAUCAUAAAGUAACUAAUAUCAACAAAGUAACUGACUUCUUAAAACAGAUUAGUUACUCUAUAGAGGCAUUGAUUAUAUUAGUUUCAUAGUACGUGCAUUCAUUGGUAUGCUAGUUUUGUUUUUGUUUACUGAAGUACUAUUAAUAAAUAAUUAAUCAUCAAAUUUUGUGGAAUAGCAGUUAUUGUAUUUGUCUGCUAUAACGAAGACAUCCUUGUUAUUGUAGAUAUCAGUAUUGCUUUUCAUACGAGCCUUGUUGAACCCAAGUUUAUUAUCAAUAGGAACAAUAUUUUGCAUCCUUGCCAUGUCAAAAAGUAAUAUUUCAUUGAGAAUCAUGAUUCCCAUUACAGGAAUAUCCCUAUAUAUAUAUAUAUGUGGAUAUUCCCAUUUUAGAGUUCAGGAAGUCUUGGUAAAACGUUAAAAUAACGUCCAGCUAUUCCACAUGUUGGAGUUUUGAUGGUUUAUUAGAGGCCGGGAUACAAGUGUAAGUAUUGCAUAUCUUGCUACUGAAUAAACCGUUCGAUGGCCGUUUUGUUAUGACCGAGAAUCAUUGAUGUCAUGUUGACGCGGUAUUACAGACUGUCAUGUGUUACAGAGUCCGUUCUGUUGCUACUCUCGCGUGAAGAUGGCAUUAUACUCUCUGCUGUGUCAGGUCGAGGUGUGAGAAAACACUGGCUGCUAAGCACCUAAACACUAGUACUGACACUAGUAUAAAGUUACACUGGAACAUUGAUCGAGGAGUCUGGAAUUUCGAGGAUUGGCUGAGAGGGUACUUGCUUUUCUUUGUGUCUUUCCUGAGUAAUUGUUAUGGCAAUGGGAUCAUGUUGCAACUUUGGCCAGCCUACCAAUGUUACAGAUGGUUACCAGCAACUAGUUAUGAGAUUAUGUACACGAUUUCGUCUCCGCCAGAAAAGUAAGAGAACGGUCACGAAUAGCGAGUGUUCCAUGGAUGCAAAAUAGCGCGCUAACGGAAUCAUGCAUGAAAGAGGUAUCCGUUGUACACGUGUAUUAUGAGACGUAUUUGUUCGAUGUUUAAUAACCAGUGUUGAUACCGUAUUCGACAAAGAGAAGGAGAAGCAUGUAAUUAAGGCUUUGUUGACACUAUAAAGUGGUUUUUCUAGACCUGCAAAGUAAACCAGCAGCUGACCCGACGGUUGCGGCACCGGUGAGACAUUCGUGAAUUUUUUUUAUAAGCUUAUGUAAGUAAAACCUGUGUGAUACGAUAAAACUUUU